AUGGCGCUGUGGCAGAAUUUUGUAGACCGCCACUUAAUGGAAGCAGUUGAUGGUGAGACUGGUAAACUCAAUGCAGGUGCAAUAAUCGGACAAGAUUAUAUCGUUCGGGCUGCAAGCCCCGAUUUCCCCAAGCAUGAUUUUGAGGACAUAACGGCUCUUCUAGAUGGAUUCGACGACCCGCAAUUCUUCGAGUUGAACGGAUUAUCAUUUGGGGGAAAAAACUACCGGGUCAUCCAAGAAGAUGACAAUACCAUCAUUCGUGGAGUGCUGGAAACUGAACGAAUUACUAUAAAAAUGACUGGGACUUUGUUCGUCAUUGGCAUCUAUGAUGAAUCGAUCUUCACAUAA